AUGCAAGAUGAAGAUGAGCCGGAGCGAGCGCUGGAACCCCUCAGGACUCGAAGAUUCUCCUCUGCUGAUCCGUUUCUUGCUUUGUUUUCCGUUCUUUUGUUUGACGCAGAAGCAAUACCCAUUCAGGGAGUCCGCCCUACGCCCUACACACUACAUCCUACACGCUACGCCCUAUACACUACACACUACACCCUACACGCUAUGCCCUAUACACUACACACAACACCCUAUACACUACACGCUACGCCCUAUACACUACACGCUACGCCCUACACACUACACGCUAUGCCCUACACACUACACCCUACACGCUACAUACUACACCCUACACGCUACGCCCUAUACCCUACACGCUACGCCAUAUACACUACACGCUACGCCCUAUACACUCUACACCCUACACGCUAUGCCCUACACACUACAUCCUACACACUACACGCUACGCCCUAUACACUACACACUACAUCCUACACACUACACCCUAUACGCUACGCCCUAUACACUACACCCUACGGCGACGGAGGGCUGAACAUCAGCGUUUCCCUGCAGGAGCUUAACUCACGCUUAAUAACUGUAGAAACACGUCACGCACAGACUCACAAAAGGCCUGCGGAAUCGAGACAUUUCCCAUCCUUCAGGAAACCACUGCACUUUCUUUCAUAGCCAUGACGAAGACCAGAUGCUUUUCUUAUUUGUUCUAUACAAAACAAUGUGAAUCAUUGCAAUAACAACGAAUGGGCUAAAAAAAACCAGCCGCAACUAUGUGAGAGAAAUUUUACUCAUGUAAAGAAUUUUGAUAACAAAAAAAAAACCUCAUCGGAAAAUAACCUGUCAGAUUUCAGUGUACUGUGUAGAGUUGUGCGCAUAUAACUGUGUGUGAUCUGUAAAAGGGAACUCAAAGACUUGCAUGAUUUUGAAAAAUAAAGCGAUUAUUUAUUGAUGCUUGUAGGUGAGGAUGUGCUUACGAUCA